AUGGAAGUAACAAAAACAUUUGUACCUCUUAUAAUUGGUUCAUAUGGUUUAUGUUUAAGUUCAUAUUUAAUUUACAAAAAAAAAAAAAAAAAUAACUGGCAAAAAAUAAAUGGCUAUAUUGAUCAUGUAGCAUUAAAAUAUACAAAGAACUUUUUACAAGAAGCUUUUUACUUAAAUGUCAAAUAUUACUUCCAUAUAAAUAAUGAGAAAAUUGAAAAUAGUAAAGAAUAUAAAAUAUGGGUUAAUAUUUUUAAAAAUAAAUCCACUCAAAAUAUAGUAACAAAUGGUUAUACCCAAAAUAUUUUUGAUCAAAUCAGCAAAGAAAAAAAUAUACAUAUUUCUUAUAACCCAAACAAUUUUAGAGAAUCAGAACCAUUGAUAUAUAUUUAUGAAAAUGACAUUCUCUUAAAAUAUAAAUUAUUGUAUAAAAUUAAAAGUAAGUUAAUUAAUAUAAAGAUGUAUUUUAGUAAAAACUCUGAUACAAAUAAAGCUAAAAAUUUUUUAAACAAAGAAACUGAAUAUAAAAAGGAGUUGGAAGAAAAAAAUAAAAUAGAAAAAGCUAAUACGGAAAAUAAUACAUUAAAUUUAGAGGAUACAAAUGAAAAUUUUAAACUAUCAGAUUAUAAAAAGAAAUUAAUUGAUUCAUAUGAUAUAAAUAAUAAAUUUCCCAUUUAUAUGUUUUCUUGUAGCUUGUUUUUAAUUUUAUCCUUUUUUUUAAAAAAAAGGAUUAUUUUUGUAAGUAAAGAAUUGUCACAAAAAAAUAUUAGUAAAAAUGUAGAUUAA